UAUUGGUAUGCCAUCAUCGCUGACCAAUGGGGGUUUUUGUUAUUGAAAUGUCGCUAUUAUACACUGGAUGCUGACUACCUCGGCGGUGCAUUUGUUCUCUGGUCAGGCAUCGUCUACGUAAAGAUUAUUUUUGUCGUUGAAAAGUGCUCUGAAGCAAGUGUCGCCAUGUUGCUUCUCCCAACGUAGCUGUCCUACAUGUAUACCAUUUGGAACAAGGUCCAGCAGUAGGCCAUGGAUGAUGGUCGAUGCUUACUGGACGUUAUUGGUGACCCUAUUGCACUGGAUGAGUUCUUACAGAAUGAGGAUAGACAGCUGCAACCAAACCUGUACAGUGAAGUGACAGAUGAUGAACAGAUUAACUACCCUUCUAGCCAUCAACUCCUCUCACCGACUGACCUGAUCUUGCCUCAAAGUGACCCUCAACCGAGCUAUCUGCAGACAUCACUUGCCACAUCGGACACACUUGAUGCUCAGGCCGUAUCAAGCACAACUCACGGUGACGAGUUUGUGGGGAAAGCCAGCCCGGCCCAGCAAAAUGCCGCAGGGUCCGAUGCCUACAACCCACAAGCUCAGUUCGUCCAAGUGCAGCAGAGCACACAGGUUCAUGCUGUACCAUCCUCGGCCAGUUCCAACACUGCAAUCCCCGUAGCCACUAUCAAGCCAUAUGCCGAGACUCCAGCCCUGCAAGUGCUGAACGGGGGCACCAGUGUGGCAGGUGGUGUUGAAGACUCUGCCGCACAGGUUCCAGUGCAACUGGGGCAGACCGCCAGCCAGGUGCAGGAGCAGCCGGCCAAGGCAGCACCCACUGCCCAGACCCCAGGCGGCACCCUCCACUACUUGGCCCCAGGCUCUACCAUCAUCGCCAGGAAUGCGGCAGGCCAGCCUGUCACCUUGUCCGGCACCAUGCUGCAGGCCGUGCAGAGCAUGACCCAGUCGCUGGGGCCGAGUCAGGCCGUGGGCCAGCCCAUCCAGAUCAUACCCAGCAACCAGCUCCUGCAGCAGGGUGGGGCUCUCGCCCCGGGAAGGGUCAUGGCACUGAGCCAGGUCAUCAUUGGCGGAGCCCCUGGUCAGCAGAUCACUUUGGUCCAAGCCCCGCCCAAGGCCACGCCCAAGGUGUCUGGAAUGCAGACCAUCAUAGCCUCGCCUCAGGUCGUCAAAGGCCCCGCCAACAUACAGCCCAAGCCAGCUGGCGGCACUGUAGCCAAGACUCCCAUCUCUAUCAGACCUGUGCAGACUAUCACGAUACCCACGCAGGCCCUGCAGGCUGGUGCCGUUCCCCAAAAUUACCAGAUCAUCACCCAUCCAACACUGGGACCAUCUGUCAUGGUCUCGACGGCAAGCCAAGAUCAGACGCAGCAACCACAGGUGGUUUCACAGCUGCUGCAGCCAGCAGCAUCAUCUCAACAGGAGAAUAACAACAGUUCAUCACAGCAGCAAAGCUACCGCCUGGUGCCGCACCAGACAUCGGGUCAAAUUUUACAGAUUCCCACGCAGGCUGUGCAGCAAGGGAAUUCCAGCGGCCAGCAGCAGCAGCAGCAGAGCUAUAGAAUUGUCCAACAGCAGUCAACGGGGCAGCCGUUCCAGGUUGCCUCAGCCCAGCAAGACAGCAGCACUCCCGUCCAGCAGACCUACCAAAUAGUCAACCAGCCAGUUACUGGACAGGGCAACACCUUGACCAAGACUCUUGCUCAUCAGCAGGGUACUGGGACUUCACAGCCUGGCAUUGUCGUGCCUCAACAGGCCGUCGUCCUCCAAAAUCAGACCGUCCUUUCAAACUACGGGACAACCCAAAAAGUGCAUCCUGUGAUUACCAUCGGCACAAGUCAGGGGAACAUCAUUGUGAUGACGCAGGCUCAGCCUGUUGCCUCUACCACCACGACUCAGUCUGGAGUUGGGGUGGCACCAGAACUUGCCACGGGCGAGAGCCAGGCAGAGCCGGCAAACAGCAAAGCAAAGAAGUCCUCGCGACCCUCGAAGAAGAAGAAAACAACUGCAGACAUAGCCCCAAAGACGGGCGUAGCAGAGAGAGCGUCCCCUCUGCAAACACCAGCACAGGCCAUCCAGCGGGUUCCCACACACCAAAGCCCGGCCACCGUCGUCUUGCAGACAGACUUCACUAUCACUCCAAACGCGCAGGGUAUACCGACAAUGACUAUCAGUAAGGCCGGUAGUCACCCGACCAGUGCCCAGACGACCCAGUUGUCAGUGACGCCCCAAGUGACGCAAUCGACGUAUCAGGUGAGCUCAGUCUCGGUCCAGCAGAAGCAGCCAGAUGCUAAAGCGCAGGCCUUAUUGGAUGCUGACCAGCAACAGUUCCAGCUCUACCAAAAGGUGUUGAAGCUGCAACAAGCCCAGCAGCAACAGCACCAGCAGCAGGCUGGUCAGCAAUUGCAGCAGGCUGGCCAACCAGGCGGUCCGACUUCUCAUGGUGCCCAGCAGGCUAUCCAGCAAGCACUUCGACUGUCGCAGCAGCAGGCGCAGCUGUCUGCCCAGCAGGCACAGCUUAAGGCUCAGCUGUCACUCCAGCAAGUACAGCCUGCCCAGCAGAUUCUCCAAGCUGCUCCAGGCCAACUGGCGCAACAGGACCAACAGCAGCAGCAACAGCAAGGGACUCUGACAGUCAGUCAGCAGCAAGCCCAGCAAACUGUGGAGCAGGUUUUGCAGAGUUCACAAAUGGCGUACACCUCUCAGCAGCAGUUGCUUUCACUGAAUUCACAAGGGUUGCAGUCCCAGACUUCGUCAUCACAACCACCCCUGAGUCAGCCGCAGAUGGCACAGUCAUCUCAGCCAACUGCUGACCAGCAGACACCAUUGGCACAGCAACAGCAGCAGCAAUCAAAACCAGGGACACGGCAGAUGACCAUUGGGCAGGCCCUGCUGGCCCUCAUCAACCAGAGCGGCAAGGGACAGCAGAUCACAUCCCAGCAGCAACUACAGCAGUUCAUUCAGGCCAAUCCACACUUUCUUAAACAGCUGCAAAUGACCCUUCAGCAGCAGAAACAGCAACAGCAGUUGCAACUACAGCAGCAAAGUCAAAGUGCGCAGCCCCAGGCUGCAUCGAGCCAACCAGGUGAUCUACAAGCAUCGAGUGCCCAGCAAAGCCAAGGGACACCUCAGCUAGCCAGUGCCAACAGUAACAGUGAUAAAUCAGCAACUCAAGUCCAGCCUUCCCUGGAGCAAGGAUUGCAGGUUUUGCCCCAGACCAGAGUUACUGCCGUUUCACAACAGCAGGCUGUCAGCUCUCAAGUACCGCACACAUUUGGAGGGUUGGGCUCAGCAGCUAUCCAUCUGGCAAGAUUGCGCCAGCAGAAACAGCAGCAGCAGCAACAACAAAGCAGUGCAUUACCCGUAGACCAACAAGGGGCUAAUGGUGGAACCAGCCCCCAGCAGGCCGUGGCUCAGAGUCAGCUGCAGCAGCAGAUCUCCCAGGGAGCGACCGGGCAACAGGCCGGUCUGGCCCAGGCCAAGCAGAGCCCACUUCUUGGUCAGCUCACGAGUGUUGUGCAGACCUCGCAGAGCUUGGAUCAGCCAUCUCAGGGCAGCCUCCAAAUUGGCCAGGGGAACCUGUUCCAGAUGACCUCACAAAAUGUAGCCGCCGCGCCUGCUGCACAGGUAACUGUUCAACAGCAGCUGCAGCAACAGCGACAGUUGAGCGCCUCGUCAGCCGUGGUUCAGGUGCAGCAGCAGAGUACCAGUCAGAUUGGAGCGGACCAGCUGUCACAAGGUGGCCCCGCCCAGGUGCAGGUGGGCACUCCUGCAAGUGGCCUACAGGUGCAGACUGUUCAGCGAGCAGGUGACAAUGCAACACAGCAAGGGGUGCAGGUGCAGUACCAAGGCCAGCAGCAGCAGCAGCAAGGGUUGCUAGUGCAACAAAGGGUCAGCCAACAUCAAGGGAUGGAGGUGCCGCCAAAUGUACAGCUGCAAGCUGUUCACCAGCAGCACAGUGUGCAAGAACAGCAGCAGGGGAUGCAACAGCAGCAGCAAGGCAUGCUAGUGCAGCAACAAGGAGUUCAGAUGCAACAACAGCCGCAGGGUGGGGAGCAAGGCAGCUCAUCGGGAAUCACUCAGGUGUCGAGCCAGGCCCCAAGCGGUCGGCAGCAGGUCAUCCAGCAGAUCAGCAUCCAGGCCCAACGGCAGCUGCAGCUGGUGCAGAGCCACAUCCGGCAGCUGGGCGCCCUGGCCAGCCCUACUGACCAGCAGAAGAACAUGCUGGCCCAGCUGCAGUCUCUGCAGCAGAAGAUCGUGCAGCAGGCCCGCCAGCAGCUGUCUCAGUACUUGGCCUCGGGAGCGUCACAGCAGCAGAAGCCCACCUCGACGUCGCAGGCAACCACCGGCGCCGCAGCAACCCUGCAGUCGCAGGGCCUGAGUCAGUCCACGCCGGCCUUUGCCUCAGCCCAGAAGCCGGCAGCAGGGGCCGGGCAGGUCCUGUCGCAGUCGCUGAACAGCAAGGAUGCCCUGCAGCAGCAGCAACAACAGCAGCAAGGCGCACAGCAGCUGGCCUCAGCUGUUGCAACUGCCGCGGCUAUUCAAGCAUCCCUAAAGGGAGCAGCCCAGGCGGGCAACUCCACCCUGACCCCUAAGCAGCGGCUGCUGGUCAGGCAACUGCAGGAGCAUCUCAAGAAGGUGACACCCGAGCAGCAGCAGCAGUUCUACAAGAUGCACCAGCCCCUGCUGCUCAAGAUCCAGGCGCAGGCAAGGUCAAGUAGCAGUCAGCCUGCAGUGGCACCACACCCGCAGCAAAUCACUCAACAGCAGGUCAGCAGCAGCAGCCCCACCAAGAAGAACAUCGCCAUCAAGCCGGCAAUCGCAUCCAAGCCAGUCGCCUCCAAGGAGCCCCCGAAGGAGAUCCUGCCCAAGCCAGAGAAGGAGAAGCACAAGCAUAAGUCCAAGCACAAAGACAAGGACAAGGAGAGAGAGCGGGACAAGGAGCGGGAGAAAGAGCGGGAGAAAGAGAAGGACAAACUGUCCAAGAAGCCCAAACCCACCCCACUUGCCAAGCAGUUAGCUCAGGACCAAGCCAGCGCGGAGAAGGCAGACACCAAGAAGCCCUUCACCACAGCCAGCAAGGCCAUCAAGAGAUUGCUGCCCUUCCACCUGUGCCAAGACAAAACCGCCACCGACAAGCAGCUCGCCCUGACUGACGAAAUAUUUGAAACCAAGUGUAUCGGUUUGAUGGAAAAGAAGCAACGGAUGCUCGACAAGUACCAGCUGCUCCUAUACAAUGAGAGCAUGAGGCUGAGACCAUCGGCAGAGGUGGUGAUGAUCGAGCGGAUGUUCCUCAGCGACGAGCGGAACAAGCUAGAGGCUGACAAAAAGCUUGCUGCGGCAAACAAAGAGCUGCUCCACAGCAGUACAUCUAUCUCAAACACCUUGACCAUCUCAGGACAUCCAAGCACGGUCAACACAACCACCACCACAACAUCAUUACCAGCAGGGUCCACCUCUGCCAAAGUGAAGCUAGGCCAAAAGAUGGAUACACCAAUUCUGCGUGAGUUGGUAACAUCCUCAUCAAUACCCCAGAAUCUCCUUUCGCCAAGGAUUGCCGCUGCAUUGACGGAAGUCGUGGCCACCAAAAUGGCUUCCACGGCACACAAUCCAGACAGGGAAGGGGGCGCAAUGGCCAAAGAGAAUGGGGCACUUGAAUCGUCAAGCUCCGAGAGCGGGGACAGCCUGAGGAACGGCAGUGGGGAUGGGCCGGACUCUCCCCGCUUACCACCCAAAAAGCGUAAGGUGGACAUGAGCGCAUACUUGAUCGAGGAUUCAGCGGGGCCCAACGAGGGUAACAUUGAGAAUCACGUCAAAUUAAAACUGAAACGGAAGCCGGCUGCUGAGAUGAUGGAUCCCGGCAGAGAGGUCCCCUCUGCCCGACAUCUCAGCGACAAGAUCCCAGGAGUGAGCGAGGUGGAGAUUUCCCAUCCAACUAACCAAAGAAGAUUGACGCCUGACCGACGACCUUCCUUCCAGGAUACCUUCCUGAAAUCUAUUGGUAUCGAAGAAAAGGCUGUUAGCAACACCAUCAUGCCGGUUCAAGAGGAACUGAGAGAAAACAAGGAAGUUGAGGAGGCACCAGUCCAGGAUGAAGAGAGUGAUGAAAAGAUCUCUGUUGUGGACCUACAAGAGCAGAUGGAGUGUGCCAUCAACAGCAUCUUGGACUUACAGCGACAGGAGCCUGUCCCAAAGAGCCCUGGCCUAAAUUGCCCUAAAGUUCUCCAGGACAUUGCAGUGGUCAAGCCAGCUAUCCCCCAGAUGAAACCCCAGUCCCCUAGGGAAGUUCAGGAACUUGGGAGUGACGGAAUGAACUUUGAUGACCAGUCAGCCCUCUCGGACAUUGACUUUGAGAGCCACACUAAUUCCAUCGAAUACGACCUCGGGCACAUCGGGGACACUUUCCCAUUUGACACUGACGACCAGACCCAGUUCCUGCCUGACCGGAACACAGACAUCUUCCAUACAGACAUCAGCAGCUCCUCCUACCCACCUGCUCCCACUGCGACAGCCAUCAAUGCCAGCCCAGUCCCAGAGCAUGUGAUCAAUGAAGACACAGAGUCCAGCCUCUACAGCAGUUGUGGAGUGGAGAAGCAGCAUCCGGCCUCCGAGUCAGCACGGAAUGGCUACGGAAACACAAACGAUGACUCGCCUCUGCUGGACGAAAGUUCAGUGGUGGCACAAUUUCAGAGCGAACUGAGCAUGCUCCAGCAUCGGCAGGCAGAAGAGGAGCAAGUGUCAGAGGAGGAAUUUUUCACUGGUGGUACUGGCACGGAAACUGCGGAGACAGACCCUGACCUUGAGGCCGCAGUCAACAGCAUACUUUUCUGAAGAUAGUGUCACUACCAGGGCCUAGCCGGGUUGGACGACAUCUACAUUGCAUUGCCACUUAAGUCCAGGGUAUGAAAGUCUUCCAACUAUGCAAAAUUUUUUACGUGGUAAAGACAGCUCAAAAUGUCAUUCAGAAGUGUCUUGGGUCCCAAAUUCCAUAAAUGCUGUUUUGAAAUUAAUAAAUAUGCCCACAGACAACUGUCUUUUGCAGGAAAUUCUGCGAAACGCCACGCUUUCUGGCGCGAUUCCCUAACGAUCUACAUAGUACAUGUACAUACACGUUCAUCUAGCGUGCAUACUCGUGCGAAAUGCAUAGUAACCAGGUGCCAUUACAAAUGCGCGGAAGAGCCGUGGGCGUGAAGAAGUCGUAGAUAAGGCCUUGUCCAAACAUGGCUUCCAAAUAUACGGCUAGGUCUGUUGUCUGCGCGUCUCCACGUUUGUAAUGGAGCGAAGACCUAGACCUAGCUCUAGACAACAUGCGUAACUGACAGAAUGUGGGCCGAGCUUUGAGGCCAUUUCGUGCAUACGCAAAUGAGUACUACCGUACGAACGUGGGUUGUUCAUGAACCGUGACGGAAAGCAUAGAGUUUCUCAGAAUUUCCUGCAAAAUACAUUGUCCAUGGGCGUAUUUAGUAAUUUCAGCACAGCAUUUAUGGAAUUUCGGACACAAGGCACUUGUGAACGACAUUUUGAGCUGCCUUCGCAAGGGAGAAAUUUGAGAAAAAACUGAUGGAAAAAAUUUCGCAAAAAAUUUGGUAGGACGUUUAUACCCGGGACGUUAGUCACAAUGCGAUGUAGACAUCGUCCAACCUGGGUUAUACCAGGGCCCAACUUCUCAGAGCUACUAAACAGAGAAUGUGUUAGGUGUGGAAUAGCAAAAACUGGCUACCAACAUAAGUUCCAUGUGUUUUUCAUGUCUGGUUCUCCACUUAUUUGCGUAGCACAUAAAUUUGUUCUGCAAUCAGGGUUCCCACAGUUAUGGAAAAUCCUUGGAAAAAGUUGUCCUGGAAAGUCAUGGAAACUUUGGAAAAAUAGGAUGUCCCAGAAUCCUAUUGUUACAGGGGGAAAAGCUAAGUAAUUCAAAACAUGCAAGAGUUAUUUUUGAUGGACCGUUUCAAAUGAAAUAACAGAGUGAUUAAUUUACAGACUGUAUCCUUGUCAGUCUCUAGUAGUGGCUAUGGCAGUCCUCUCAUUCAAAAUACCAAACAACUUUAUCCAUUGCCAAAUGACAUUAAAUGUCAUGGAAAUUCCUGGAAUUUGGUCUGAGAAUUUUUGUGGGAACCCUGAGCAGUGUUUGCUACCUAGCAUUUCCUUGAAGUUGGGCCCAAACCGGACCAAAGGUGCGCGGUCGCGUAAGGAACUUAGGAUGUCAGCGACAUGCAACAGGGGGCAGAGCUCUCCUGAAGGGCUGCCUUCCCCGUCUGCGAAGCAGUUACCACACGUAUGCUGCCAAAAAGGUCUCUCCACCAUUUUCUGAACCUUGGCUUCAACUCACCCCACCUCCUCCUGGCUUCAGUACCAAGAAUCCUGUUCCCGGUAAUUGUGAGUUUUCUUUGGUGACAGAGAUUGUCUAAUGCAGGGACAAAGGUUGGUUCUUUUUUUUGUUUUUGUUUUUUGUUUGUCUUGUUUGGUUUUAAACGUAAAUGCCCGAAAGUGAUUCAGGAUGCUGAGAUGAAGCUGGAGGCAGGCAGAUCCAAAGAAUUGGCAUUAUAUCACUGGAAUGAAUUUGAAUGAGUAAAAGAUAGAAGUCCACUUUCUGUAGUCAGUCACUCGUAAAAGUGUCUUGACAGUGGCUUCAUUCACAUAAAUUUUCCCACUAGAACAGCUUCACACGUUUAGCAAGCCCACAUCAUAUUGGUGGUGUGUGAUUCCAGCCAGCAUGAUAUGCCGAGCAGCCCAAGUGAUUUAUGCUGAUGGCUGAACUGUUGCCCCUUACUGUACAUUCAGCUUUCGGUAACACCUACCCUGACCAUUCCCCCAACCUUGACAUAAUGCCAGGUAAAAGUGCUGCUCGAGUGUCAUUUUGGUGCUGUGAGCAACCAUGGUUUAUACAUGGUGUUUGCGCCAGUGUGUUAGAGCAUGUGAUCUCUAUUAGUUCCAAAACCCAGGUUUACUACUGUUUUGUCAGAUUUUCUGUGCCCGUUCAAAUUCUGCAGAUCUCUGUUCUGUGGAUGCCACAUUUUGUUUGAACUCGUGUGUCUUUUCCUCUGGUUCUCAGUGGACCAUUGGCUCCCACUCACUCUGUGAGAAAGCACACGUACAUAAACAAGAGUGCAAAGUCAUCAGUACAUAGGCCUAUUCAUCUUGAUGUCAACGGUCACGGGAUUGUGUAAACGGUUGAGAUUCAUCUCUAAAUUGUGUGUACUCUCGUCUAAUUUUGUCUUUAAUUUGCAAUCAGUGUUGAUUGUUCUCAUGUUAGUUGAGCUGAAAUCUAGAGGCUGUGUUUUGUGGAUUCCCUGAGACGAGAAGAGAACAAAAAGAACCUGCGGGCAAAGAGUGGUCAGUUACAUUGAACAGUCAAUCCAUAAGACGUCCAAAAGUCCACACAGACAUUAUUAGACUUGGCCAUAUGUCAGGAGAGGUUCAACCGUUGUUUUGUCUUCUGAAGCCUGUGUCGUGAGUCCAUACCUAUGGAUACUGAACACAAGUCUGAGAAAGAUAUACUGCAUAGUUUACCGUGACAAGACCAACACAAGACUGACCUCCAAUCUGAAUUCAAGGCAUAGGCUAUUGAAUUGAACUGCAACAGAGACGUUCACUUUGUUUCUUGUUACUUGUCUUGUUUCUGAUCUUCAAAAUUGUUUUGUGAUGGUCCCGACUACAACACUAAUAUUAUAGUUAUACGAAGUUGUCACAAAUGGUUACAUUCUCUCAGAAGCACUGUAGUCCCGCCAGCCUUCAAUGCACUCCAGGUUAUGUGCAGCAUAACAGUCUCACAGACUCAUUUUGUGAGAACCAGUUACUUACGGCAGGCUUGCUCUAUUUGAUAGAAAUGGACAGUGGGAUGCCAUUGAACAAACUCUGGCUCCAUCUUCAUAGACCUUUAUGAUGAUACUGCCAUGUUUUUCUUGUUUCCUGUAGACCCAGUGGCGAUAGUAGUUCAAGUUCACAUACUGAUAAAAGGGAACAGACUGUUUUUCCUUCAAGGCUCAGUUUGGUUACAUUGCUUUGAAUGGUAGAGAAGCAAGAUGACUGCCCCAUGAAAGGGGGGUCCUGACAACUGUACCGUUUGCCAACUCGACUUGGGCCAACUCGACUGUUGAGACAACUCUACCAUCUGUGCAUCAAAUUGAGAGACAAGUCGACUGUUGGACAAGUUUCCUCUCGACUAAGUCGUCUGUUGAGACGUGUGAAAUACUUCAAAUUCAGACUGUUUAGUACUGGCCUCAUGCUAGGCCUACCCGCUUUUGAAACUUGUACAUUGUCAUGUCAAUAGUCCAAGAUGAAAACCAAUUGGCAUCUGGUAUUGGGCAGAUGUUGAGUUGGGGCCUUGCCAGAGAGGGAUGGAUACCGCAUUGUCUGUCCCUGUGAGAGCUAUGCCAGCCCACGCUCCCAGAGUUGCUACGUCACGCGACGCACACAAUGCGGGUGUUUCACAAUAGCGCGCUUCCAAGAGUUUGUAGUGCAUUUGCGCGUUUGGAAAGGGUGGACAGAUUUUGCACAUUGUCACUGGCCAACGCAGUGCAAAUUCUGUUGGAGGCGUGCGAUUGUGAAUUGCCCAUAUUCUAAAUGCAUAAGACAGUUAAAAUUAUAGAGCUACAGUGUAUAUAAAAAUUAAAACUCUACGGUGAAAAUAUUUGCACCCGUGCUGACCUGGCCACGUAUUUGAAUUUUCUUAUGUAGACAUCUCACAGGGUCGAGUUUUCUCUUUGCUCAAGUCGAGUUUUCUUAACGGACGACUUGCCAAACAGUCGAGUUGACCCAACGGUCAAGUUUUCUCCAUCGGUCGAGUUUUCCCGAGUCGAUUGACAAAUAGUCGAGUUGUCCAACACGUGAAAGAGGUCCAUUGUCUCAAGCGUAAAAGGCCGGUUCAUACUUGGUACGAAAGCAAACAUGAAGGCAAAUUUGUGACGUCAGGUUAAAUACGUGUAUUCGCGUUGCGAAUUUGCAAAAGGUGCACGCGUUUGAACUCCGAGUGAAAUUUUGCUGCUAAUCUGUUGUGAUGUCAAAUUUGCUUCGCUUUCAUAUUUGCCUGAAGUAUGAGCCUUCCUUUUCUAGUAAGCAGUACCCUGUUGCAACCACUUGCAAGCCGGAGGCCUUAUUAGGUUCCAUGAGUGCCUGGUCUAUUUCUGGCUGCUAUCGUAGCUUUCAGACUAGCUAGUAAACAGAUUGACUGUGCCAAAGUGGCUGCAAUAUAAAGAGACUCUCGUCAGUGUUUGUACAGAUUCGUUUGCAAGUUUCACCAUUUUAACACUGAUCCUAAGUUCUUGACUCGAGCCCUAGUGUUACUGAAGUAAUUUUUCUACCCCUCUACGUUACUCAAGAAUCCCUGGGCUGGCCUGCGUUUUGUUUUCACGAACGAAGUGGAUAUUUAGCUGUCGCCGGCAAAUUCAACUGUUAGCCCCUAGCUAGCCGGUUUCAGGCAGACAGCACCCUCUUUGUUGCGUAUACAUGUGCACAAGUAAGGCUGUAAAUUUUAUUAACAUUACCUUGAGGUUUCAAGCAGGGGUCACAGUCAUAGCGCGCACGCGCGUAAUCUUAAGAUCACGUGACACAUUCGCAACUGUGUCCGAUCUCCAGCUAUCGUCUUUUUUGUUCCAAAGAUUAAGAAGUUUCUUCUUUUUUACAUCUAAAUUAACACCAACUUUUAAUUACAGAGUUUAACUUUUUGUUUUUCUGAUUUGUGGCUCUAGACAAUUUUUUUUCAUAAGAUAAAAGUUCGAAAUGGUUGGGUACCCACCUUGUGAAUACCAAGUCACAACGACUGUGUUGGCGCAGAACCAAACUAAUAUUUGCCACGGUAAGAAUUUAAGUCAAAAAAGUUAUGUGCCCGGCAAAAUAUCGUUUAGUUGUAUUUGCCAGCGACGGCUAAGUAUGCACUGCCUUUCCAAUUACCUUUUGUCCAGCCCGAGUUCCUGUUUGUGUGGAAAUGCCUUAAUGAUACUGUGUGUUUAUUUUUUCGUGCUCUAGAACAAGCCAAAGUUUUGUGUGGGGGGGGGUUGUUUGUGUUCGCACGUGAAGCUUUGUGCCGAAGAUUUGCUUGUAUUUUAUGCAGGCGUGUACUGAAUGUGGUAUACAAUUUUGAGCGUAUGAGUUUGUGCACAGUACAAUUGAGGUACCGUGUGAUGCUGGGGUCCGUACAAAACAAAAGGAGACUGGACUUCGCGGUGGUCCAUAUCUCAUAUGGUACAGGUCAAGCUGUAACGGGUCUCGGGCCAGUUUCAGAGAACUGCUAAGCAGCAGGGUAAAAUCGACGGUGGCAUCUCAAUACCAGUUCACAGCAGAACCAAGUCUUGAUGCAAGCUGAAAAGGUAUACAAGCCUUCAGCACGUGUCGCAUGCAUGGAAUGCAUUGGGUUUGGAUAGGUUGACACGCUCGUCACGAAAGAGAGAUGUUGCUAGUGACGGUUCACUGCUCAUUUCGUAGCCGAGCAGGUCUCGGUGCCACGGACUCACGGAGCAGCUUAACACUGAUUUUUACUCCACCAAAACAGCUCACCAUCCAAAGUAUCAAAUUCAUUCAUCAUGUUUUGCGUGCUACUUGCCCUCUGUCAUUUCGCUGAACUGUGCUGUCUGCUCGGCAACUCUCAGAAACCAGGCUGUGGUCCUACACCGCGUAAGCUACAUUAUGCUGUUCUGCAUAUCCCUGGAACGAUUUGUCAAUCGUAGAGAACAGCGUGUUUUUUUUAGCACAAGUCCGCUGCCAUUUGAUACGCAAUCACGGAAGGUUACCAAAUUAUGUGGUUAUACCACUGUGAUAUUGAAGUACAAUGUUUCGUGAAAAGGGGGUUUAAAAAAACUUUAUUUAGAAAUACAGUUGUCUCAAGUGCAGAUUUGAUGACCAAAAGCGAGAAUUUUGUGAAAAUCUAUUUAUGACUAUUUAUUAACCUGAAUUAUGUUGAAAAAUUGCUUAUCAUUGUUGGUUGUCCAUCUGUUGAAUAAAUCAAACCUCUCAGGAAAUCAUAA